AACUUCUCCACUUUCUCACAUUCCUCUCCCCACUUCUUACGUCGUGAGUUGUCCAAUUUUUCUGGGUACUGAACUCUAACUGCCAUCGUCCUCAUCUUCACCGUGUUAUCAUCUCCACAGGCAAUGGCUGCUUGUGACCUUCCUGCUUCGCUCGGCCGACUUCCCUUCAAGGAGAAGGAAACCAAGAGUGGGAAGGACGCGGACUACACCAGAGACGGGACUGUCGAUAGGCAUGGCAGGCCUGCAAUCCGAGGAAGAACAGGAGGGUGGAAAACUGGAAUUCUCAUUCUAGUGAACCAAGGGUUGGCAACUCUUGCCUUUUUCGGACUGGGUGUCAAUUUGGUGCUGUUCCUGACACGGGUGUUGCAUCAGAGCAACGCAGAAGCCGCCAACAACGUCAGCAAAUGGACGGGAACGGUCUACAUCUUCUCUCUUGUUGGUGCCUUUGUUAGCGACUCCUACUGGGGAAGAUACAAAACCUGUGCCGUCUUCCAACUCAUCUUUGUCGUGGGCUUGGUGCUGCUGUCUCUGUCAACUCAUCUCUUCCUUGUCAAGCCACAAGGGUGUGGAACUGCAGACCACCUUUGUCAAGAUCAUUCAACAUUAGAGAUCGGCAUAUUUUAUGUUGCAAUUUAUCUGGUUGCCCUUGGAAAUGGAGGGUACCAGCCAUCCAUUGCCACCUUCGGUGCAGACCAGUUUGACGAAGAGGACCGACUUGAGGGGCUCUCCAAAAUUGCCUUCUUCAGCUAUUUCUACCUGGCCCUCAACCUCGGGUCGCUUGUCUCCAAUACUGUGUUGGUCUACUAUGAAGAUUCAGGGAGCUGGGCAUUGGGGUUCUGGAUGUCGGCUGCCUCUGCAUCCCUUGCAUUGACUCUCUUCCUUUGUGGAACUCCAAGGUACAGGCAUUUCGAGCCACAGGGGAACCCCCUCCGCAGGUUUUGUCAAGUCAUAGUUGCUGCAGCAAAGAAGUGGAGGGUUGAGACCCCACAGGAUGGCAAGCAACUCUAUGAGGUGGGCAAGGAUGACUCUGCCUUCAGAAAGAUACUCCACACAGAGGAUUUCAAGUUUCUGGACAAGGCAGCAGUAGUCAAAGCAGGCACUGAAGUAUCUGACCACUCGACUCGAAAUCCAUGGCGACUGUGUACCGUAACUCAGGUGGAAGAAGUCAAAUGCAUACUCCGUCUCCUCCCCAUCUGGCUUUGCACCAUCAUCUACUCUGUGGUGUUCACUCAAAUGGCCUCCCUUUUUGUCGUACAAGGAGCAGCCAUGAAGACCACCGUCUUUGCAUUCCACAUCCCUCCUGCAAGCAUGUCAAGCUUCGACAUACUGAGUGUAGCAUUCUUCAUCUUUCUCUACAGGAGACUCAUCUUCCCCUGCUACUUGAGGGUCAGGGGGAAGAGCAUGACACAGCUCCAAAGGAUGGGAGCUGGCCUCGUAAUCGGAGCAACUGCCAUGGUUUGUGCAGGGACAGUGGAAGUUUACAGGCUAAAACACACAAACAAAGGGAGUGAUGAACCGAGCUCACUGAGCAUCUUAUGGCAGAUCCCUCAGUACGCUCUGAUAGGGGCAUCUGAGGUGUUCAUGUACGUUGGUCAGCUGGAGUUCUUCAAUGGGCAGGCUCCUGAUGGGCUCAAGAGCUUUGGCUCUGCACUCUGCAUGACUUCAAUCUCCUUUGGCAAUUACUUCAGCACCAUCAUUGUGAACAUAGUCAUGCAGUUCACAACAACAAACAAUAGUCCAGGAUGGAUUCCAGGAAAUCUCAACGAGGGGCACCUGGACAGGUUCUACUUUUUGCUGGCCUUGUUGGCUGUUACUGACCUCUUGGUUUAUGUAGGAUGUGCAAUGUGGUACAAGGGCAUUUCCCUUGAGGAAAGGGGAUGUGCUGCACAAGCAGAGGAAGGGAUACAGUGCGUCUGAACCCACGCGGAUGACGGGCUGAUGAUCUACUCCACUGUUACUUUCCUCCUACGUUCUUAAAGAGCAGAUGAAAAUGACAGGAUGGUAGACCAGAUUCGCGAAUGAGGUGAUGGAGCAUCAUAAUUAGUGGGGAUCGGGUCAGAUAGGGAUAUAAAGACGCGGAAGGAGGGAAGAGAUGGGAUGCAGUAGGUACAAAUUGCAGUGGCAGAGAAGGGAGGUCAUCAACAGUUUGAAACCAUCAAAAGCAAUCGGUUGAUGCUUUGCUUAGAUCAAGGAGCAUAUUUUAUCUGACUCAAAAUCAGAAAGAAGUUCUGUUUGUCUGUUGUUGCAUGCACGUUAUUUGUUAAUAUGCACAGCUUCUUGACACUUGGAUCAGGAAGCAUACUGUAACGCAUCAGGCGUUUAUAAUAAGAAAGUAAUUUUUGUUUGCAAUUGCUCCA